AAGAGCCCAGUUUGGAACAUCUGCAGCAGCUGUGCAUACAUUAUUUACAUUAUUAUUUAUUAUUUAUUCUACUUUCACAAAAUGCCUACAAAGCGCAGAGAGGGCCCAGAGGACGCGGUGCCGGUCCCUGCGGACAGUGAGGAUGAGGAGGGAGAGUCCGGAGCAGAGAGCUUCCUCUCAGAUGAAGAGAUGUUUUAUCUGGACGGAACUGAUCCGGUAGAGGAUCUAGAAGAUGAGGAUGAUGAAAAGCAACAGGACGCUGAAAAAGCAAGAAGCUCAGCUCCAGGACAAGAUAACAGUUCUUCAGAAGAAGAAGAAAUAGAUGAGCAGUCACAACAAGCACAAUCUGGUUCUCCACCACACAAGAGGGCAAAGAAAUCCAGGUUUGGGCUUGCACAGCAUGCAUCACAAGACCAGACCAGAUCCAGACCUCCUCCUCAGGUAUGCUGUUCAGCCAUGUCCUGGAAGACUGAGACAGAUGGUGAUGUCUGUCCAGUGCCAAAAAGGUUCAUCCCAGCAAGACCUCCUGGACAUCAGCUGAACUCAAGCACCACAUACACACCACUGGACCUUUUCAAACUGUUCUUCAGCAACGACGCAGCUCAAACCGUUUGCCGAAACACAAACAAGCAAGCGGCCAAAAGCGUCGCCAGAGGCAAAAAAUAUUCAUGGACUGACGUCAACGUCCCAGAGUUUUUCAAGUAUGUGGGACUGAGUUUCUUCUUUGCGUUGGUGAAACUGGACAAUAUGCAGGAUUACUGGAAGAAGAGCACCAUCUUCAGUGUGCCGUUCCCGGCCAAUGUGAUGCCACGGGACAGGUACCGCGUCAUAUCCUGGAACAUCCACAUGAGUGAUCCAGACAAAGACACAGAGAAUGACAGAAAGAAGGGCACUCCGGAUUAUGAUCGCCUGUACCGCCUGAGGCCUCUUAUGGACACCAUCAAAGAUGCUUGCAAAUCAUUUUACCACCCCAGACAGAACCUUUCAAUUCACGAGAGAUCGGGGGCGACCAAGAGCCCCACAGGAAUAGUUCAAAGCAUAAGAGGGAAGCCCACUAAGUUGGGGUUCAAACUGUUUGUCCUGGCUGACAGCAGCAGUGGCUACACCUGGGACUUCAACGUGUACACUGGGAAGUCCCAGUUUGCCUCGGGGGUUGGACUGGCUUAUGAUUCGGUGAUGUCCCUGGUAAAGACGGCAUACCUGGGCAGUGGCUUUCAUCUAUAUGUGGAUAAUUUUUACACGAGUCCAAAGCUGUUCAAAGACCUGUUUAGCCUGAAUAUUGGUGCUUGUGGCACAUACAGAGAGGGAAGAAGAGGUUGUCCUCGCACAGAAACAAAUGCACUCAAAAAAAGUGAUCCUCGAGGCUCCAUCAGGUGGCUCCGUGAGGGCCCACUGCUUUUUGUCAAGUGGAUGGACAAUCGCGAGGUCUCUGUCUGCUCCACAGUCCACGAGGUAUUCUCUGGAAGCAGCGUGCGGAGGAGAGUCAGGUCCAAAGAUGGACACGUGGCCAUCAAACACAUCCCGUGCCCAGCGCCUGUUCUGGACUACAACAGGCACAUAGGAGGUUUUGAUUUGUCCACCCAGUGCUACUCUGUACAUCACAAGAGCAUGCGCUGGUACCAGACCUUGUUCUUCCACUUCCUGGACAUCGCAGCCACAAACAGCUACCUCCUUCACAAGGAGCUGUGCAGAGAGAAGCAGGAGGAGCCCAUGAGCCACAGGGCCUUCCUGCAGGAGCUCACAGCCCAGCUGUGUGGCGUCACCGUGACAACAGCUCCCGCCCAGGCACACAGUGGACACCUGCCCAUAGCGAUCUCCGAACAAUCCGAUAUCAGCAAGAGGGCCUCGUACGGACGCAGAACCUGCGUUCACUGCAGGAAGACCAAGCAGGUGAGGCAGUCGACGCCCUGGAAGUGUGCUGAGUGUGACGUGGCCCUGUGUGUCAUCGCAGACAGAAACUGCUUUCGGGAUUGGCACAACUAACUUUUUCUACAGAAAACCCCAAAGAGACUUGUUUGUAAGAAAUGUAAAUAGUUUUUGUGUUGUUGGCUAAAAUGUCUAUUUUAUUUUUCUGGCUCACUAAAGCCUAGAUGAACAAUUUUCUAAAGCCAGGUCUUGUUCACUAAUGUGCCAUGUGUGAUUUGAAUACAUUUCUGUCACAUAAAGUAUCUGUUUUUUGUUUUUCUUUUAUAUUCAUAGUAGCUAUUUGUACAUUCAGCAAACAUACUGUAUUAGCCCGGAUCAUCCACAAGUCCAGAAGUAUUUAUUAACCCUCUGGAGUCCAUCUUUUUAUUGAAAAUACACAUGUUUUAUUUACAGUAAUAACUUUAUUUAUAUAUCAUAUGUAGACAUGCUGAGAAAGCCAGUUGAAAGUUCAAUCAUAGGAGCUUUCACAGUGUGCCAUUUAUGUUUCUAGACCAUUUUUAAAUUGUGAAUUUUCUUUCUACAAUGAAAACUAUCACUAUUUUUAAUUUACAUGCAAAUAGAUCGUUUUGUAGUUUUAUUAUUUAUUAUCUUUUCUUCUGUUCCAUACACACUUGUGUCUUUUGUUUGCAUUUUGGGUUCCUGGCAGCUUUAUACUUUGUUAAUUAAAAUAAAAUGACAAAUCUGACUGAUAGCCAAGUUUGUGUGGAGAAAAAGGAGCCAUGCCUGUGAUGUAAGGACAGACUGAAAGAUGCUAAACAGAGACGGAAAUUAAUGCAUAGCAAGUUGACAAAUUUGAACCAAAAUCUCCUGGACUUCAGAGGGUUAAGAUUGUGCAUUAAAGGGCUGGAGGUUUUACAUGCAUUUUUACAGAAGGAGACCAGGUGGUCCAAACAUAGAAAAGACAUGCCUUUGUCCUGAUUGGGUGAUAUUGAACCUGAAGAGGAUGCUGUAAACUAUCCCUGUAUGCAGAAAACUUUUUCUAACUGAAUCUAAUUUGAAUAAGAUAAACCAUGAAAGCAGCCCCAGAUAAAGUAAAGAGAAGCAGGAUAUUUAUGGUAUAAGACAGUGGUUCUCAACCCCUUAAUGGACACACAUCACUGGGUCCUGGACCCCCCAUUUUAUAAGGUUUCAUUUCAGGGACAUCAACAUAUUUUGUUUGUUAGAUAUGAUUAAGACCAGAAUUUUAUAAUUGUCAUUUUAAAUUGAGGUGAUAACUGUGGAGGAAAUGAAAUCUAAAAUGAAAAUAAUCCCUCUGUGGACUCUUAAUCCCAUUGGACUCUUCAAUCUGUAGUGAAACAGCCAUUCUCCAUUUUCUGGGGACCUAGAACUCCCUCAAGGACCUCUGGAAGAGAACAAAUGGUCCAGGGAACCCCUCAUAUCUUCUUAACUGUCUUUCAGUUGUCCCAGUAUUUCUUCUGUAUGAAAAUAAUUCAAACAGAAGCACUUUAUACAUACACAGAGACACGCUGGUAAAACAUGGUUAACAAAGCUGAACAAACAUUAACCCUCUGAAGUCCAUCUAUUUACUGAAAAUACAUGUUUUAUUUACAGUAAUAACUUUAUUUAUAUAUAAUAUGUAGAAAAGCUGAGAAAGCCAGUUGAAAGUGCACUCAUAGGAGCUUUCACAGUGUGGCAUUUAUGUUUCUAGACCAUUUUUAAAAUGUGAAUUUUCUUUCUACAAUGAAAACUAUCACUAUUUUUAAUUUACAUGCAAAUAGACUGUUUUGUAGUUUCAUUAUUUAUUUAUUUUUUUUUUUCUGCUGUUUUUGUGUGUAUAAAUGGUUUUUAAAAAUGGUACGUUUCCAUAGACAUCUGUGUCUUUUAUUUUCAGUAUUUUCGGCAGUUUUAUACUUUAAUUGAAAUAAAAUGAAAAAUCUGACUGAUGGCCAAGUUUGUGUGGAGAAAAAGGAGCCAUGCAUGUGAUGUAAGGACAGACUGAAAGAUGCUGAACAGAGACAGAAAUUAAUGCACAGGAAGUUGACAAAUUUGAACCAAAAUCUCCUG